CAUGGAAAUUUCCAAUCUCUUACCUGGAUAAUCAAUGGUUGAAAUUUUUAGCACCAAAAAAUAACUCUCUCAUGUUUCAGUUUUCAAUUAAGUGACAAAAAACAAAAAUCCAUCCCUGUUUUUCUGAUCUCUUGAGCCAAUUUCACUUGCUUUUUAUUCAAUUUGUUGUCAUCUUCAACCAUGGCUGAUGCAAUUAUAACUGUAAUCUUGACACGAUUGGCUGAAAUCAUGGAAGAACAGAUCCGAUGGCAGGUGAGAUUAGUUGUGGGGGUCAAAAAGGAUAUCGAAAAACUCACCAGCGGAUUGGAAUCCAUAAGAACUGUGCUUGUUGAUGCUGAAAAGAGACAAGUGAAGGAUGAAUCAGUCAAAUUAUGGUUAGAAAAGCUCAAAGACAUAGCCUACGACAUGGACGAUGUGUUGUCUGAAUGGCUAACUGCAAUUCGAAAGGCGAAAACUGAAGGUGUUGAAGAUUCAUCCCUUUCCAAGAAAAAGGUAUGGUCUUUUCUCUCUUUACCUUGCCUUGGAUUUAGACGAGUUGUCCUACGUCGUGACAUAGCCCUCAAGAUUAAGGGCAUUAACGAAAGACUCGAUGUUAUUGCCACCGAGAAAGAUAGGUACAGUUUUAAUACGUUAAUGGAGAGUGGUGAUCCUGAGAGACUAAAAACUAACUCGUACAUUGAUGUAUCUGAAGUACGAGGUCGAGAUAUGAAUAAGAAUACUCUUGUAAGCAAGUUGUUGUCUGAAAGUAGCCAAAGUCAUGGAUUCCAUGUUGUUUCCGUAGUCGGCAUGGGAGGAAUUGGUAAAACAACUCUAGCGCAAAUGGUCUACAAUUGUGCUUCUGUAGAGCAAGAUUUUGAGAGAAAAAUGUGGGUAUGUGUUUCUGAGCCAUUUGAUGAAGUUCGAGUUGCAAAAGCGAUUGUUGAAGACCUUGAAGGUAAUGCUCCGUUUUUAUAUGAACUUGAAACUGUAUUGCGCCGUCUUAGGAACGCUAUUUCAGGAAAGAAGUUCCUGCUUGUGCUAGAUGAUGUGUGGACAGAUGACUACAGGAAAUGGGAACAAUUGUUCAACUCUCUCAAAAUUGGUGCAGCUGGAAGUAAAAUUCUAGUAACGACGAGAAACGAGAGAACCGCAAAAAUGUUGAGAAGUAGCUAUGAGCUUCAUUUGGGGCAGUUGGCAGACGAGGACAGUUGGUCGCUGUUCAGUCAAAUAGCGUUUUUUGAAAGAAGUAUAGAGGAUUGUGAAGAAUUGGAAGGAAUUGGAAGGAAAAUAGCUGACAAGUGCCGGGGCAUACCUCUUACUGUAAAGACUAUUGGCAGUCUUAUGCGGUUCAAGAAUUCUUUACAAGAUUGGCAGAAUGUUCUGAAUAGUGAAUUCUGGGAAUUUGAAGGAGCAGAAAAAGGUCUCUUUCCUCCUUUGAUGUUGAGCUACUUCGAUUUGCCCUCGACAAUGAAAAGGUGCUUUUCGUUUUGUGCAUUCUUUCCAAAAGAUCACGUCAUCAACGCAAACAAUUUGAUCAAACUCUGGAUGGCGCAAGGCUAUCUCUGCCCUGAGAAAAAUGUAGAAAUGGAAGUAUUAGGUGAGGAAUACUUGCAAAAUUUGGCUAUGAGGUCUUUCUUCCAAGAGAUAGAAAAGGACAAGGACGGUAAAAGGAUUUUAAGAUUUAAGAUGCACGACAUGGUUCAUGAUCUUGCACAAUAUCUUACGAAGAGAGAAUGUUCUGUGGUGGAGGUUGAUGGGGAGCUAGCAGUAAAUUUGGGAUCGUCUUAUAAAACGACUCGUCAUUUGACCCUGGUACGUGCAGAAGAAUUUCGCUUUCCUACUUCCAUUGCUAAUGCAGGAAAACUACACUCGUUUUGGGUUCAAUCUUUCUUUGACACGCCUCCAAUUAUAAGUGAAUUGGACAAGAUUGAUCCAGAUUUAUGCAAUCACUUGGCAUGUCUCAAGGCGUUAGAUUUAAGUCGUAACAGAUUGGGUGAACUUCCAAAAGAAAUUGGGAAGUUGAUUAGCUUGAAGUUCCUCAAUUUAUCCCAUAACCCAUUCUGGGAAUUGCCUUCAACAUUGUGUGAUUUGUAUAAUUUACAAACCUUGAACCUUUCUGCCUGUGACAAUCUCAGAAAAUUGCCCCAAGAAAUGGGGAAAUUAGUAAAUUUGAGGCACCUUGAGAUAGAUUGCACUGAUAGUCUUAAGACAUUACCAAAAGGGAUUGGCGACUUGAGCUCACUUCAGACGUUGAGCAAAUUCGUCAUUGUCCGUGGUAGUGAUGGUGAAACAGCGACAUGCGGGCUAGAGGAUUUGAAAAACUUGAAGAAGCUCCGAGGAUGUCUUAAAAUCGAAGGAUUGGGUUGCGUGAAAAAUGCGGACGAGGCCCGGAUAGCAGAGUUGAGUGAAAAGAGACAUAUUUCGGACUUGCACCUCGACUUCAACUCUAAGGCUCAAACAGGCAAUCAAGACGAAGUGAUUGAAGCUCUUCAGUUGCACUCUGGGUUGCAAUCUUUAGUAAUAAGUUCAUAUGGAGGCACUCGAUUCCCCAAUUGGAUGGUAAGUUUAACCAACCUGAAAGAUCUUUCACUUCAAGGGUGCCAAAAUUGCACAAUUUUGCCUCCUCUUGGAAGGCUUCCGUCCCUGGCAACUCUCCACAUAGAUAGUCUGCAUAAUCUGAAAUAUCUUGGGCUCGAAUUUUUGGGUGCAACAGACAAUGUGAAUGAUCAAAUCACAACAGAUAGCAAAGACAGAUCAUUGGCAUUAUCAUCAGCUGAAAAUAUUGCAUUCCCAAAGUUGAAGAAGCUGAAAUUUUCAAACAUGGGAAGUUGGGAAGAAUGGAACAUGAUCAGAGCUGCAGAUGAACACAUCAAGAUCUUGCCUAGACUCCGCUUUUUGAAACUUUACAACUGCAGCAAUCUGAAGGCACUGCCGCAUCCUCUCUUCAAGGUGGCACCAAUAAGGAAGUUGCGUAUCCAGAAUUGUCCGCUCAUACUGCAGAAAUACAAGAAGGAAACUGGAGACCAAUAUUGGAAUAGUAUUUCCCAUAUCCCAAAGCUCAAAAUAUCGUAGAAGUCUUGUGCAAAUUGUCUAGUAUAGCUUGCUUGUUGUUUAUCUUUCUGCCUUUGCCUUAGCCUUCGCUGAGUUAUGCUUCAUAAACAGUGUCUUCUGUUAGCUAAUCUUUUUAUGCUAUUUUGCUAAGUUAUUGCAUUCUUGA